AUGGUGUAUAACUUUUUUGGAAUCUCGCAAGAAGUCAGACUACCUGAAACAAUUGAAACAGUCAUAACAGCUGAGAAUAGGAAACCUCAACAAACCUAUCCGAUAAUGCAACAAUCCCCACCAAUACCAGCGUUACCUUUUAUCCUUAAAGACCAAAUGACAAGAGAAAUUCGAGCACUAUUGGCAAGCAAGAAGCUAC